AUGGAUGCGGCAAAAAAGGCUUUGUUAGAAAGAACAAUUAAAGCUAGGGCUGUUUCAAGAUCGUUAGUAACGAAGCAAAUUAAAAAACUUGAAGCAGAAAUAGAUAAUAGUUCCGAUAAAAUAAUUGUUAACGAAACAUUUUUACAAUUAGUUGCUAAAUUUGAAGAGAUGUGUAAACUUGAUAAGGAAGUUCAGGAUUUAAUUGAUAUUGAUAAGUUAGAAGAAGAAAUUGAGAGUCGCGAAGAUUAUCGUGAUAAAUUUGUGUUGUGGAAAUCUCGCGCUGAGCGUUAUUUAGCUGCAAACCCGAAUACAGCUCCUCAAAAUCUGGCGGAAACUCAACCAUUAACUACUACUACAAUUCCUCAAACUAGCCCGGUUUUAAUAAACCAACCCCGUUUGCCCAAGCUUACUUUGGAAUCAUUUUCGGGUAAGAAUAUUAGUAGUUUUCCUAGUUUUUGGGCUAGAUUUAAAUCUGCAGUGCAUGAGAAUUCGAGUUUAAAUGAUAUAGAUAAAUUUUCAUAUUUAAAAUCGGUUGUUACAGAUGAUGCGGAAUUAGCAAUACAAGGUUUAACAUUAACUUCAGAAAAUUAUAAAAACUUGUCUCGUAGAUUGGGAUUAAGGGUGUUAGGCUCAGAAAGGUUAAAAAUAUAUUCAUUCGGAUCUAAAGUGCCUAAAAAACAAACUUGUCGUAAGGUAGAAAUUAGGUUGAGGAAUUUAUUGAAUGGAGAUGAGGCGAUGAUUGAGGCAGUGGAAAUCGAAGAAAUUUCUAGAGCUAAUAUUACCCUUCCAAAUCCGGAUACAUGGAAGGAAAUGGAGUCAAUGGGAAUUAGAUUGACAUUUAGUAAUGAUGAAUUGUUUGAAAAUUGUGAAAUUUCAUUGUUAAUUGGUCAGGAUUUUUAUUGGUCUUUAACAAAACAAAUUAAAAGAUUGGAUUCCUUAUUGGUUGCUAUUGAUACCAGUCUUGGUUGGUCUCUUCAGGGUAAAUGUGAUGAGCAGAGUGUUUGUACGUCUGUAAAUUUGGUUAUUAAUGAAAAUGAAUUAAUUUCGGCUGAAUUAAGGAAAUUUUGGGAGUUAGGAAAUUUAGGAAUAUUUGACAAGGAUUCGAUGAAUUUAGGUAAUAGAGAUGAAGAAGUGCUUAGUGAGUUUGAUAAUUCAGUUAGUUUUGUAGAUGGUAGAUACCGUGUAAGCUUGCCUUGGAGACCAGAAAUUCAGACACUUUCUAAUCCAAAUCAAUGGGGACAUUGUCCAGGAAGGGACAACCCCGCUGACAUUAUUUCACGAGGUACAUCUGCUACCAAACUAUUGCAUAGUGAUUUGUGGUGGCACGUGCCAGCAUGGCUCAAACAACCACCAGAUCAAUGGCCAAACCUCCAACCCAAUUUUGAUUUGGACUUAAGUUCAAAGGAACUGGAACAUCGCUCCAAUGUCCAUGUGGCUAUUACCAAGCAGAGAGAACCAUUUGUCGAUAUAAAUCGAUCCAGCAGUUUAAAAAGACUUUUAAGGUGCCAUACUUAUAAGGACAAUACAUUGCGAAUUACCAGCCGAUUAAAUGAAGCAGAUUUGUACCUGGGUGAAAAGCAUCCAAUAAUUCUUCCUCGGCGUAGUAAAUUUGUCGAGUUGCUUGUGAUUGGGGAAUAUGAAAGUAUUGCUCAUUGUGGUGUAUCGGCAACUUUGACUCAAAUUCGAAAAAAUUGUUGGAUACCUAAAUGUCGUCAGCUAGCAAAAUCAAUCAUUCGGCUUUGUCUCAUUUGUAAAAAAUAUAAUGUCAAACCAGCUGACCAACUAAGUGGACAGCUGCCUCAGGACAGAAUUUCUCAAUCUCCCCCUAUCCAAAUUGAGGGAAUCGACUUUACUGGAGCAAUAUUUGUAAAGGACAGACAAGACUUUCAUAAGUCUUACGUCGCACUGUUUACGUGUGCAGUCACGCGUGCUUUUCACUUAGAGCUUGUAUCAGAUACGUCAACUAAGUGUUUUCUCCUUGCGUUCCGGAGAUUCCUCUCCCUUAGAGGAAACUGCAAGAUUAUUUAUUCAGACAAUGCGCGUACGUUUAAGGCUGAUCAGAAGGAGUUAGCGUAUUUCACCAAUAUUUUGAAGGACAGUGAAUUUCAACACUUCAUCGCAGACAAGGGUAUCCACUGGAAAUUGAUUGUUGAACGUGCCCCUUGGUGGGGUGGGUUCUAUGAACGACUAGUUAAAACCAUAAAGGAACCCUUGAGAAAAAUACUAGGCAAGGCUCUACUAACAUUCGAAGAACUUUCGACCGUACUCUCAGAGAUCGAAUUAAUUGUUAAUAAUCGACCGUAUGUCGAAAAUAGUCCAGGAGAGCCUGAACUCGAAUUAGGAUAUGGACAAUCAAAAUAUCCCCUCCAUUUCAUAGAACUAUUAGAUUCUAUUAGUGCAAGGGAUUCCUACA